CGGGCGCCGCCGCCUGAGUCUCGGGCGCCACCGCCUGAGUCUAAUAAAACAGUCCAAAAACCAAGCCUUAAGCGGCAGCGCCUGAGUCUCAGGUGUACCCGCCGAUUCUUAUCUCUAAAACACAAUAUCUUUGUCAAUAGUUUUUAAUUGGCCAUAUUCGUGGUAAAUUAAAAAAAAAAAAACAAUAUUUCUGUCAUUAACCCAGAAUUGGAGGAAGGGGGAAAAAUAAAAACAAAAAGAUCUUUGAACUCAUCGAAUAAAAAUAAAUAAAUUGAAAAAAAUUAAUUUGUGGACAAUAUAAUAUUAAACAAGUCUGUGCUGCUCUGGUGCUUUCCAUGCGGUGAUUGUGAUUCUCUUCAAUUUCUCCAUCUCAUUCUCAUCUCAGUCCCCAAACUCAACUGAAACCACACCGCCGAGAAACCAUUACCAUGGGCGACAAAGCAAUUCCUGAUGGCGCUUCUUCCACCACCACCACCAUCACUCCCUUCCCUUUCUUCCCCAACUUCCGCUUCGACGUCCCCAACUUCCACUUCGACUUCCCCAAUCCGUUUCGCCAACAACCCCGCCGCCAAAUCGCCGCCUCCGGGGACCGUACGCCGCCCGCCGACGGCGACAAGCCUGAUGCCGUCAAGUUCGCGGACCGGAAACCUCCGCCGACGAAUUCACCUCUUCACCUGGAAGUCGACGAGACUUCCCACCCACUGCUCAAUUACUCGGUCUAUGCACUUGGAGGGUUCAUCGUUCUGCAGUGGGUAUGGGCAAGGUGGAACGAAAGGAAGGAAAGAGCGAAAAAGAGGUCAUCGGCGGAGGAGAAUCAAACUCCAGACGACCAUUCACCAGCUGAAGGCGAGGAAUGAUUGAAGGAGCUGAGGGAGGAGCUGCGGUGUGUAUAGCAAAUAUCAUACAUGUCAAAGAAAUCCCUUUCUCUUUUUUCAGUAGCUCUCUGUGUUGUAUUUAUGGAGACAUGGAAGUUUUUACUUUCAAAUGACAUCUUCCUUUAAGGCCACAAAACUCUCUUUGGAAAGUGAAGACUGGCAAGGUUAAGGAUUUUCUGUACAGCUUAGCUCCCUCGUGGUUGUACGCGCAACGUUAUUUUGGUUAUACAUAACUAAAUUCCGGCUAAUGUUUUAAAUUUUAUCAAAUCGAUCAUUUACGUUUUCACUGACUAACGAAACUGAUCAUUUUGCUAAUCUUUGUGAGCUUAAUCGUUCACUUAAGCUAGUCCAAGUUCAUUUGCAGUCCUUAGCUAUUGUUAUCGACUUAAUAAGAAUGUUGUUUACCUAGUGAUAAAGUCGUCAACUCGAUUAAACGAUGAUGGUUCAAUCGUCUUUCUAAUACUAAAAUAAUUAUGAUCGAUUCUUUGGGGUGUGCAAUGGUUCAGUACGGAACUGGACCGUACCGGACCAAAUCGAAGUUUGGACCGCAUCAGAUCGAGUAUAAUAUUGUUUGUUCUUUGGUCCACAUGAGUUUUACAAUUACUGAAGAAAUGAUAGACCGACCUUAUAUUUGGACCGGGCCGAAUUGGAUCAAAUGAACAGAACACAAUGAUUGUUCGGUCUCAUGUGUUUGGUCCCGUUUGGACUGGACCGAACCGGUGCACACGAUUCCAAACCAACGCAAACUAUUUUCACACUUUUAGUUAGGGGUGUUCAAAUGGUUACCGUGAUAAGAACCAAACCAAUUAAGCCUAAAUUUCAUUAACCAUAGAAUAAAAUGUCUUAACCAAACCGUCCAAAUUAACACGAAAACCAAAUUAACCAAAUCAAAGUUUGGUUAAUCGGAUAAUCGGAUUAACCAAAUAACAUAACAUUACAUGAAAACAAUUAUUCUGUUAAUGAAUAAAACAUAACCAU